AUGGUUCGCAUCGACACCGUCCGCGAGUCCAAUGCCCAAGCCAAGGGGCUGGAGGAUCUCGUGGCCGUCUUCGUAGGCGGCACAGGGGGCAUAGGAGAGAGCACCGCCAAAGAGCUCUUCAUACGCACCACACGACCGCGGGCGUACAUCAUCGGCAGGAGCGAAGAACGUGGCAAUAAGAUCUGCAACCAACUGCACGAGUUAAACCCCCAAGGCAAGGCAAUCUUCAUCCAAAAAGAUAUCAGCUUGAUUCGCAAUGUCGACGAGCUGUGUGCCGAACUCAGGGAGCGCGAGCCCAAGAUUCAUUUCCUGUUCCUGACAGCAGGCUUCAUGACCCUCCGCGGCCGAACAGAAACGCCUGAAGGCAUGGAUCGUAAGAUGGUCGUCAACUACUACGCACGCAUACGAUGUAUCCUCAACCUCAUGCCGAACAUUACGGCUGCCUCCGAGGCUGGAGAGCUCUCGCGUGUUAUCACCGUCCUCGCCGCCGGCUCUGAGGGUGACGUGCGUGUUGACGACCUCGACCUCAAGCACGACUUCACCCUCCAUGCCUGCCUGGCGCACUGCGUCGUGAUGACCGACUUCAGCAUCGAAGAACUCGCCAAACGAUACCCAGGCACAUCCUUCAGCCAUUCCUAUCCUGGCACGGUCAAGACAGGUAUUGCAAAUGAGCUGAGCGGGCCAGUGAGACUAGCGGUCAAAGUCAUGUACGCCGUCAUGACGCCAUGGAUCCUCAACGUUCAAGAGUCCGGCGAGCGGCACUUUUUCCAAAUGACCAGCCAGUGCUACCCUGCCGCAAACGGCGGCGUAGGAAUCCCUAUCCCACCAGGUUUGACCGCGAUGCGAGGGACCGACUUCCAACCUGGCAGUGGCGCCUACCUCCUCGACUGGGACGGGAAAUCGACCGGCGACGAGAGCGUCCUGAAGAAGUACCGCGAGAUGGGCCUGGGCCCCAAAAUCUGGGAACAUACAAUGCAGAUGUUUGCGCAAGCAGAGCAAAGGUCACGCAAGGAUUCGAAGCGCCCCGCGCAGAGCGAAGCCGAAGGUGCUGGACGAAACAUACCCAACCCACCUGGCUGGCGACCUGCUGCUUAG